CGUUCACAGGUCGGGAGAAGGGAAGAUUGUGGAGCGUCUCUGUCGGGGUCGCAGCUGAAUCUUCACCGUCCUCUACACCCUCCCAAAACCUACCGAAAAUGAACAUAUCUGAGACAUCAGUGUCAUUCAGGGACGUGACUGUGGAGUUUACCCUGGAGGAGUGGCAGUGUAUGAGCUCUGCUCAGAGGACCCUGUACAGAGAUGUGAUGCUGGAGAACUACAGCCACCUUGUCUCAUCGGGAUAUUGUUUAACAAAACCAGAUGUAAUCAUCAAGUUGGAGCAAGACGAUCCAUUGUUGUUAGAGGAAGAGAUUCUAAGCAAGAGCCAUGCAGACUGCAAACUUGAUAACCUCUUAGAGAAAAGCCUGGCAAAUCAAGGAAAACAUUUGCAGCAAGACUUUUUUACUCAACUUCAGAAUACAGACACAGGUGAGAAAACUUUCAGCCAGAAGUCACACUGCAGAGAACAUCAGAGUACUCACUCAGAAAUAAAGCCCUUUGAAAUUGGAAGUAACUUAAGCCCUAAUGCAGCCCUUACCAUAUCCCAGAAACUUGACACAAAGAAGAGCUUCUGUGAUGAUACCAUAUUUUGGCAAACCUUAUACCCUCAGACUACCUUUACUGUACAUCAGAGAACUCAAAUGAGUGUGAAACCCUAUGAAGAAUGUGGAAAAUCCUUCUCUAGGAAGUCAUACCUCAUUGGACAUCAGAGAACUCAUAGUAGGGAGAGACCUUAUGCAUUCAAUGAAUGUGAGAAAACUUUUACCCACAUGUCAUACCUCAGAGAACAUCAGAGAAGUUGCAUAGGGGAGAAACCCUAUGAAUGUAUUGAAUGUGGGAAAGCUUAUGGCCAUAAAUCAACCCUAAAAAGACAUCAGAGAACUCACACAGGGGAGAAACCCUAUGAGUGUAGUAAAUGUGGAAAAGCCUUCUAUAGAAAUUCUCACCUCACUGAGCAUCAGAAAAGUCACACAGGGGAGAAACGCCAUGAAUGUACUGAAUGUGGGAAAGCUUUUACACACAUAUCAUACCUCAGAAAACAUCAGAGACGUCACACAGGGGCGAAACGCUAUGAAUGUGGUGAGUGUGGAAAAUCUGUCUGUAGGAAGUCAUACCUCAUUGUGCAUCAGAGAAUUCACACAGGGGAGAAAGCCUAUGACUGUAAUAAAUGUGGGAAAACUUUUAGACAUAAGUCAUCCCUAAAAAUACAUCAGCGUACUCACACGGGGGAAAAACCCUACGAGUGUAAUAAAUGUGGAAAAUCCUUCAAUAGAAAAAGUUACCUCAGUGAUCAUCAGAGAAGUCACACAGGGGAGAAACCCUAUGAUUGUAAUAAAUGUGGAAAAUCCUUCCAUAGAAAGAGUUAUCUCACUGAGCAUCACAGAAUUCACACUGGGGAGAAACCCUAUGAGUGUAACAGAUGUGGGAAAUCUUUCUAUAGAAAGUCUUACCUCAUUCUGCAUCAGAGAAGUCACACAGGGGAGAAACCCUAUGAGUGUAACAAAUGUGGAAAAUCCUUCUAUACAAAUUCUUACCUCACUGAGCAUCAGAGAAGUCACACAGGGGAGAAACCCUAUGAGUGUAACAAAUGUGGAAAGUCCUUCUAUAGAAAGACUAACCUCACUGAGCAUCAGAGAAGUCACACAGGGGAGAAACCCUAUGAGUGUAACAACUGUGGAAAGUCCUUCUAUAGAAAGUCUAACCUCAUUGAGCAUCAGAGAAAUCAUACAGGGGAGAAACCCUAUGAAUGUAUUCAAUGUGGGAAGGCUUUUAACUGGAAGUCAUUACUAAAUAGACAUCAGAGAAUUCAUACUGGGAGAAACCCUAUGGAUGUAAUGAAUGUCAGAAAGUUUUCACCUAUAAAGUCAACCUCAGGUUACAUCAGAGGGUCCACACAUGAGAGAAACCCUAUGAAUGUAAUACAUGUGAAGUAUCUCUCUCUAGGAAGUUUCACUUCACUCGGCAUCAGAGAAUUCACACAGGACAGAAACCUUAGGAGUGUAACAAGGGUGGAAAAUCCUUCAAGAGAAAUUCUCAUCUACCUCUGCAUCAUAGAAUUCACACGGGAGAAACCCUGUGAAUGGAUUGAAUGUGAGAAAGCUUUUAGCCAAAUGCCAGUCCUAAACACUUCAGAGAGCUCACACUGGGGAGAAAUCCUAUUAUUAAUGUGGGAACGUUUUCAUCUACAAACAACCUCAGAGUACGUCAGACAGUCGCCACGUAGGAGAAACCCUAUGAAUGUAAUGGAUAUGGGGAAACUUUGACUGGAAGUGCAGCAUCAGAGAACUCAGGGGAAGAUCAAUGAAUAUAAUAAACGUGGAAAUUUUCCCUUCGAGAGAUCAACUAUCAAUCAACAAAACUCACAGAGAAAUCCCUCAUGUGUAUUGUGUAUGGAUAGUGUUUCAACCAGAUUUCAGCCCUCAUUGGACAUUAGAGGACUCACACAAGAGGUAAAUCCUUGAAAUUAAUCACUUAUGAACAGUCUUUCCGCCAGACUACUCAGUGGGUGUUAGAAAUUUACACAGGAGAAAAUGCCUGUGAAGGAAAUGGAUAAGGAAAACUUUUCUCCCCAAAGACCACCUUCAAUUUAAUUGUACUGGAAUCCAACAUGAGGGUUGUGGGAAUUAUGCACUUUUUAUGCAAAAACUAUCAUCAUGUAAAUACGUUAGAGGAUACAUUUGGUUAGUUAAAAUACAUAUGUUCCUAUUUUUUCCUACUGUCUUCUGGUCAGUGUAUAUAAGGAAGACCAUUGUUACUGAAUUGCCUCUUCAAGAAAGAAGCCAAACAAUGUUUUCUGCAAGACUUUUAUUGUCUCAAGGUCAGCAGUGCAUUUAGUGUGAAUAUUAGAUUCAUUAUGUAAAAGUCAUAAGCACAGUUGUUGGGAGAACAAAUCUGAGUCAAUCGAGGAGUUGCUGUGAGCAGUGGUACUCAAUAUUUACACUGUAAACAGAAAAAGAAGUUGUAUUUUCAUUCUCCUUUAGUUCAAAAUAUUUUAAAAUUAUCUGGGAGUUUUUUGACCCACACGUUAUUUAGAAAUGUGUUGUUCAAUCUGCAGAUAUUUUCAUAUUUAUAGCCAUGAUUUAUUAAUGACUAGCUUCAUUGUCUUGUCAUAUGAGAAAAUACUUUGUAUGAUUUCUGCUCUUAAAUUUGUUGAAUUGUGCUUUCUGACCCCAACUAUUUCCUAUCUCAAAGUGCCAUCUGAGCUUAAAAAUGUGUAUUCUGCUGUUGUAGAAUAAAGUAUUCUAUAAAUGUUGAUUAGAUCCCAUUGACUGAUGGUGCUGCUCAGUUCUGCUAUGUCCUUGUUUUGACUGAUGAAUCCAUGAAGUACAAAUGGAAGUUUGUUGAAAUCUCAGACUAUAAUUGUUAUCAGUUCUUGCCUCACCAAUUUGGAUGAUCUGUUUUUAGGCACACACUCUUAAGGAUUGUUAUAUCUCCUUCUUGUCUCUACCCCUUUGUCAUUAUGUAAUGCUCCUCUUUAUUCCUGAUAAUUUUCCUUUCUUAAAGUCGGCUUUGUCUGAAAGUAAUAAAGCUACUCUAGUUUUCUU